UCGUAGCCUGAACGGCUUCGUUGCAAUUGUCACAGACCAGCGAGUGAGAUACCUACAUCCUCGCUGGCUGUACUGCCCGUGAUUAUAAUAUUAUAUUAAUACCACACGCAUUUUAAAUGUAAUACACCCUCCCAGAGGUGUUCAAUGAAAAUACAUUAUCUUUUAAUAUAUCCCCUUUCAUACGCUUACACAAAUCUUAGACAAUCCAUUUAUUUCAUUUAUUAAUUUUUAUAACAAUUCUGUUGCAAGUAUUUUUUGUUGCAAGUGAGAGAAAAUCGAUUUUCAAACUAACUGCCAGUACAUUUUGUCUGAUUUCAACAUUUUUACCUCAGUUAUUCUGAUCAAAUUAAACCUCGAGCGGUUUCAUCACCUGAAGGGAACCGAGUGACUGCGCCAGAAUGGGGUACGGGCGGUCAGACAGCUACCGCGUGGCCACCACGCAGGACAAGGAUGACAAGGACUCCCCCAAGAAGAAGAAGGGCAAAGACCUGGACGACCUGAAGAGGGAAGUCCCUCUGACGGAGCACAAGAUGUCUGUGGAAGAAGUUUGCCGGAAAUACAACACAGACAUCGUCCAGGGUCUGACCAAUGCCAGGGCAGCAGAAUACCUGGCUCGGGACGGGCCCAACGCCCUCACCCCGCCUCCCACCACGCCUGAGUGGGUCAAGUUCUGCCGCCAGCUGUUUGGCGGCUUUUCCAUCCUGCUGUGGACGGGAGCCAUCCUCUGCUUCCUGGCCUAUGCCAUCCAGGCGGCGACUGAGGACGAGCCUGCAGGGGACAACUUAUAUCUUGGCAUCGUGCUGUCCGCUGUGGUCAUCAUCACUGGCUGCUUCUCCUACUUCCAGGAGGCCAAGAGCUCCAAAAUCAUGGAGUCUUUCAAGAACAUGGUGCCCCAGCAAGCCCUGGUGAUCCGUGAGGGGGAGAAGAUGCAGAUCAACGCUGAGGAGGUGGUGGCCGGAGACCUGGUGGAGGUGAAGGGAGGGGACAGAAUCCCAGCUGACCUCCGGAUCGUCUCCUCCCACGGCUGCAAGGUGGACAACUCCUCCCUGACCGGCGAAUCUGAGCCCCAGACCCGGUCGCCUGACUGCACCCAUGACAACCCUCUGGAGACCCGCAACAUCGCCUUCUUCUCCACCAACUGCGUAGAAGGUACGGCACGUGGCAUCGUGGUCUGCACCGGGGACCGCACGGUCAUGGGCCGCAUCGCCACGCUGACGUCCGGCCUGGAGACCGGCAAGACCCCCAUCGCCAAGGAGAUCGAGCACUUCAUCCACCUGAUCACGGGCGUGGCCGUCUUCCUGGGCGUCACCUUCUUCAUCCUCUCCAUCGUGCUGGGCUACACCUGGCUGGAGGCCGUCAUCUUCCUCAUCGGCAUCAUCGUGGCCAACGUGCCCGAGGGGCUGCUGGCCACCGUCACGGUGUGUCUGACCCUGACAGCCAAGCGCAUGGCCCGAAAGAACUGCCUGGUGAAGAACCUGGAGGCUGUGGAGACCCUGGGCUCCACCUCCACCAUCUGCUCCGACAAGACCGGAACCCUGACCCAGAACCGCAUGACCGUGGCCCACAUGUGGUUCGACAACCAGAUCCAUGAGGCCGACACCACAGAGGAUCAGUCCGGCACCUCCUUCGACAAGAGCUCCACCACGUGGGUGUCCCUGGCGCGCAUCGCCGCCCUGUGCAACCGCGCCGUGUUCAAGGCGGGCCAGGAGCACAUGCCCAUCCUGAAGCGCGACGUGGCGGGCGACGCCUCCGAGUCGGCCCUGCUCAAGUGCAUCGAGCUGUCCUGCGGCUCCGUAAAGGCCAUGCGCGACAACAACAAGAAGGUGGCCGAGAUCCCCUUCAACUCCACCAACAAGUACCAGCUCUCCGUGCAUGAGACCGAGGACCCCAAUGACAAUCGCUACCUGCUGGUGAUGAAGGGCGCCCCCGAGAGGAUCCUGGACCGCUGCUCCACCAUCCUGCUACAGGGCAAGGAGCAGCCCAUGGACGAAGAGCUCAAAGAGGCCUUCCAGAACGCCUACCUGGAGCUGGGGGGCCUGGGGGAGAGGGUGCUGGGUUUCUGUCACCUCUUGCUGCCUGAGGACCAGUACCCCAAGGGUUUCGCCUUCGACUGUGAUGACGUCAACUUCCAGACAGACAACCUGUGCUUCGUGGGGCUGAUGUCCAUGAUCGACCCGCCCCGUGCCGCCGUGCCUGACGCCGUGGGCAAGUGCCGCUCCGCCGGGAUCAAGGUCAUCAUGGUGACCGGGGACCACCCAAUCACAGCCAAGGCCAUCGCCAAGGGCGUGGGCAUCAUCUCUGAGGGCAACGAGACUGUGGAGGAUAUCGCCGCCAGGCUCAACAUCCCCGUCAGCCAGGUCAACCCCAGGGAUGCCAAGGCCUGUGUGAUCCAUGGCACAGACCUGAAGGACCUGACCCAGGAACAGAUGGACGAGGUUCUCAGGAACCACACAGAGAUUGUCUUUGCCAGGACGUCCCCCCAGCAGAAGCUCAUCAUUGUGGAAGGCUGUCAGAGACAGGGGGCCAUCGUAGCCGUGACAGGGGACGGUGUGAAUGACUCUCCUGCCCUGAAGAAAGCAGACAUUGGUGUUGCCAUGGGGAUCUCAGGCUCAGAUGUGUCCAAGCAGGCUGCCGACAUGAUUCUAUUGGACGACAACUUUGCCUCCAUUGUCACAGGCGUGGAAGAAGGUCGCCUGAUCUUUGAUAACCUGAAGAAGUCCAUCGCCUACACCCUGACCAGCAACAUCCCUGAGAUCACACCCUUCCUCUUCUUCAUCAUGGUUAACAUCCCACUGCCACUGGGCACCAUCACCAUCCUCUGCAUUGACCUGGGGACCGACAUGGUGCCAGCUAUCUCCCUGGCUUACGAGGCAGCCGAGAGUGACAUCAUGAAGAGACAGCCCAGGAACCCUCGCGUGGACAAGCUGGUGAACGAGAGACUGAUCAGCAUCGCUUAUGGACAGAUCGGUAUGAUCCAGGCUCUGGGGGGCUUCUUCAGCUACUUUGUGAUCCUGGCGGAGAACGGCUUCCUGCCCUCGUUGCUGGUGGGCAUCCGCCUCAACUGGGACGACCGCUCCAUGAACGACCUCGAGGACAGCUACGGCCAGCAGUGGACCUACGAGCAGAGGAAGAUUGUGGAGUUCACCUGCCACACGGCGUUCUUCGUCAGUAUCGUGGUGGUGCAGUGGGCUGAUGUCAUCAUUUGCAAGACCAGACGUAACUCCGUCUUCCAGCAGGGCAUGAAGAAUAAGAUCCUGAUCUUUGGCCUGUUUGAGGAGACGGCCUUAGCUGCCUUCCUGUCCUACUGCCCCGGGAUGGAUGUGGCACUCAGGAUGUACCCCCUAAAGCCCAGCUGGUGGUUCUGCGCAUUCCCCUACAGUUUCCUCAUCUUUGUUUACGAUGAAAUCCGAAAACUCCUCCUGCGCAGAAACCCCGGAGGUUGGGUGGAGAAAGAAACAUACUAUUAAAUAAUCAGACCAUCCUUUACUCAUCCCCCUCCAUCCCCCUCCCCCUCCCUCUCUCUUUCUCCUUCCUCUCUCCAUCUCUCUCAACACAACAUACAAAAAAAAACAACACUAGCCAACACCAUGAGUACUGCCGUCCCUUGCCCAGAGCCAGAGGGGACGAGAGAGGACCAACACCGGAGAAGAGAGGACAAGACCAUCUACCGCCCUCUUCUUCUCCCUCUCUCCACCGUACCCAAAGACUACAGUAUAGCACCUUCCACCAGAACUGUUACAGUCUUUAUAUCCUCUUCUAAUACUGUUCAUAUGUGCUACUACACUGCUGUGUAUAUGGAUAAAGCUGGUAUUACACUACUCUAUCUACAAAUGGCAGCUGUAUAUUGGUUAUGUAGAGUGAAGGAGCCCUUGUGUGAUGUGAAUGUCUCAGUUCUGUGAAUAUGCCAUCCCCCCCCCCCUCCCUCCCCUUUUCCUCUCCUCCAUUGUUUCUUCAUAUGCCCCCCCCACCUUCAUUUCCCACAACAUACACAAAAAAAUGACCACAAGAGCCAGUGUAAAACGUGACCAAUCAUAUACAGUAAUACUCGCCUCCUUCAGCUACAGAGGAAAGGGGGAGUGUUCUUACACCCCUCUGCAUUUUCUCCUCUUUCCUGCCAGUUCAGUCACAGUGAUGUAGGUUUUUUUUUUUUUUUUU